CAGAAGCUUGGGCAUCAUCAAUUAUAGGUAGAUUGACACCAUAAAGAGAGGUAAAGCAUCCAAGACCUGGGUGAGGCUGUAACUAUGGGUCCUUGGUGCAUCCCAUGUGGAAAUCUGUGUCCAGUACUGGGAGCCCCUUUAAAAGGGGUGCUGCUAGCCUGGAGCCCAUCCACAGAAGGGUGUCAGGAUGGUGGAGGUACAGCAGUCAUGGGAGUAUGAGGAAGCUUGGCUGCAAGAGACCCAGAGCCAUGUCCGGAGGCAGGGGCCCGCGGGGCGGCUCAGGGGCUGGACUUCGGGGCGGGGCCGCAGCCAGCGAGCUAAGCUGAUCAACUGGAGCCGGAGCCAGAGCACGGUCGCUGCUGUCCGAAUUCGGCGCGCCACCAUGGGCCGGGGGAACGGGCUGGGCGCGCGGCCGCUGGGGCCGCCACUGUUGUUCCUGCUGGUGCUACUCCUGCUGCUACCGCCGCCUCCGACGCGGGCGCUCAUCCCCCGGAUCAGCCUGCCAAUGGGCUCUGAAGAGCGGCCAUGCCUCAGAUUUGAAGCCCAAAACACCUCCAACUACACAGCCCUUCUGCUGAGCAGGGAUGGCAAGACCCUGUACGUGGGAGCCCGAGAGGCCCUCUUUGCGCUCAACAGCAGCCUCAGCUUCCUGCCAGGCGGGAAGUACCAGGAGCUUCAGUGGCGUGCAGAUGCAGAGAGGAAACAACAGUGCAGCUUCAAGGGCAAGGACCCCCAGCGUGACUGUCAAAACUAUGUCAAGAUCCUCCUGCCACUUAACAGCAGCCACCUGUUCACCUGUGGCACAGCGGCCUUCAGCCCCCUUUGCACCUAUAUCAACAUGGAGAACUUCAGUCUGGCUCAGGACGAGGUGGGGAAUGUCCUCCUGGAGGAUGGGAAAGGCCGUUGUCCCUUUGACCCAAAUUUCAAGUCCACGGCUCUGGUGGUUGAUGGGGAGCUCUAUACUGGCACUGUCAGCAGCUUCCAGGGGAAUGACCCGGCCAUAUCCCGGAGCCAAAGCCCCCGCCCCACCAAGACAGAGAGCUCCCUCAACUGGCUGCAAGACCCAGCCUUCGUGGCCUCGGCCUACAUUCCCGAGAGCCUGGGCAGCUUGCACGGUGACGACGACAAGAUCUACUUCUUCUUCAGUGAGACUGGCCAGGAGUUUGAGUUCUUUGAGAACACCAUUGUGUCCCGCAUCGCCCGUAUCUGCAAGAGCGAUGAGGGCGGUGAGCGGAUCCUGCAGCAGCGCUGGACAUCCUUCCUGAAGGCCCAGUUGCUGUGCUCCCGGCCUGAUGACGGCUUCCCCUUCAACGUGCUCCAGGACGUCUUCACGCUGACUCCCAGCCCCCAGGACUGGCAUGACACCCUCUUCUACGGGGUCUUCACUUCCCAAUGGCACCGGGGGGCCACCGAAGGCUCUGCCAUCUGUGUCUUCACCAUGAAGGAUGUGCAGAGGGCCUUCGACAGCCUGUACAAGGAGGUGAACCGUGAGACGCGGCAGUGGUACACCGUGACCUACCCGGUGCCCACACCCCGGCCUGGGGCGUGCAUCACCAACAGCGCCCGGGAAAGGAGGAUCAAUUCAUCCUUGCAACUCCCAGACCGUGUGCUGAACUUCCUCAAGGACCACUUCCUGAUGGACGGGCAGGUCCGCAGCCACCUGCUGCUGGUACAGCCCCAGGCCCGCUACCAGCGAGUGGCCGUACACCGUGUGUCUGGCCUACACCGCACCUAUGAUGUCCUCUUCCUGGGCACAGGUGAUGGCCGGCUGCACAAGGCUGUGGGCGUGGGUCCCAGGAUGCAUAUCAUUGAGGAGCUCCAGAUCUUCCCACCAGGACAGCCUGUGCAGAACCUGCUUCUGGAUGCCAGUGGGGGGCUGCUGUAUGCUGCCUCCUACUCGGGCAUAGUCCAGGUGCCUGUGGCGAACUGCAGCUUGUACCAGAGCUGUGGGGACUGCCUCCUGGCCCGGGACCCCUACUGUGCUUGGAGUGGCUCCAGCUGCACCCACACCAGCCUCUAUGAGCCGGAGCUGGCCUCCAGGCCGUGGGUCCAGGACAUUGAGGGAACCAAUGCCAAGGAGCUCUGCAACACUUCUUCAGUCAGACCCCGGUCUUUUGUACCAACAGGGGAGAAGCCGUGUGAGCGGGUCCAGUUCCAGCCCAACACCGUGAACACCUUGGCCUGCCUGCUUCUCUCCAACCUGGCGAGCCGGCUCUGGCUGCACAAUGGGGCCCCCGUCAAUGCCUCCGCUUCCUGCCGCGUGUUGCCCACGGGGGACCUGCUACUGGUUGGCAGCCAGCGGAGGCUGGGGUUGUUCCAGUGCUGGUCCCUGGAGAAUGGCGUCCAGCAGCUGGUGGCCAGCUACUGCCCCGAGGUGGCAGAGGACGAGACAGCAGACAGAGCAGACCGGGGUGGCAGCAUACCCGUCAUUAUCAACACAUCGCGUGUGAGUGCGCCAGCUGGUGGCAAGGCCAGCUGGGGUGCCGACAAGUCCUACUGGAAUGAGUUCCUGGCAAUGUGCGUGCUUUUUGGGCUCGCUGUGGUACUUCUGGCUUUAUUCUUCCUCUACCGGCACCGGGAUGGCAUGAAAGUCUUCCUGAAGCAGGGGGAGUGUGCCAGCGUACACCCCAGGACCCGUCCUGUGGCACUACCGCCUGAGACCCGGCCGCUCAAUGGCGUCGGUCCCCCUAGUGUCCCGCUUGACCACCGAGGCUACCAGGCCCUGUCUGAUAACUCCCCCGGGCCCCGGGUCUUCACUGAGUCAGAGAAGAGGCCACUCAGCAUCCAAGACAGCUAUGUGGAAGUAUCCCCUGUGUGCCCCCGGCCCCGGGUCCGGCUGGGCUCUGAGAUUCGGGACUCCGUGGUGUAAGAGCAGACUUCUAGAGGAGGCCACCCUGAUGUCGGGCUGUGAGUGCUCAGUGGGGCCAUUGGACUUAUGCACCUCAUCAAAUGCAGCCCAGACCUCGGGAAUGACAGCCAGCUGAACUGCUGCUCUUCAGCCAGGAAGAGGCCCCGCCAACCCAGACAGCCAUGGCCCCGGGGUCCUGACCGAACAGGGGCAUCUACCCUCCAGGGCCCAGUGGGGCCUGCCAGGUGGGCAGAACAGUGCUCCCCAGGUAAACUGAGCCCUUUGUUUCAAGACACAGUUGAAAAUGUGAAACGAGUGAGAGGGGUGAGAGACAGCCAAGAAUGCCACUUGGGCAGCUGCCAUAGUGCACAGGCCUCCCAGCCUCUCACGGCCUCUGGGGUGCAUUGAGGAUGUGUCCAAGGUGGUUGUUGGAGACAGAGUUGGAAAUCCCUCACCUCUGCCUUAUCCUACUGCCACAGGCCACUCCUUCGCAUGUAGAGCCAGGGCCAGCUCAGGCCCCUUGGGCGCUCCUGCAGCCCUGCCUUGCCAGCCGAAGAUGUCAUUGUUGCCAUCAUCAUGAGACCACCUCAGGGAGCAGAGGGCAAGGCUGGCACCGUGGCCCUUACCAGGCCUGGGCUUGGACCUGCCCCCUGGACCUUUCCAGCCUGUAUCAGGCUGUGGCCACCCAGAGGAGGGCAGCAUGAGCCCAGGAGGGGGUUCAUGGCACCACGCUCACCACCACCCCACCCCCUCCCCCUCCCCGGAGUAC